CACAUCGCUCCCUCUUUCUCGCUCCCUGUCUCUUUCUCAGUCAUCUUUUUUCUUUCUUUUUUUCCCCCUUUUUUCAUUUGGUCAAAGAUUUAAGAUUUCUGAUCCAAGACGAAGCAAUUGCAUGGCAAAAACAACAGAAAGAGGAGGAGAACCCUCCCCCCGCCUCCCCCAUCAUCUCCUCCUAACGCCCUACGGUAGUCCUGUUUUAAUCAAGACUCCUCGUUCCAGGAUGCGUCUUCAUAUCAAUAUGAGCGCGUCCAGUAAAUUCCUAAUUGCAUUUAAAAUAUGGGUCUUUUCCGUCGGCGUUUUCGGUAUAUUUUUUUUUCUUUUCUUUCCAUUUCUUUUUUACCCAGCAAUGCAAUUAGCGCGAGCAGAUCGGUUUCUGCACACUGACGCCUUUUAGACACUGAAACCAAAAAUAGAUCAUAUUACUUAUGAGGCUGCCCGACACUCAUAAAGGCUCUCGUUUAAUCAAGACGCGUCGCAGGCUUCAGAUUACAACAAAAUCAGGUCUUAAAACUGUGGCACUUUCAAUAAAUCUUGGGCCUUUUUUUAUUAUUAUUAUUAUUAUUCACCGAUGCAUCAUGUUUUAUUAAUAUUAACAUUGCAUCGGAUUUCUCGGCCUUGUUUUUAAAUCUAAUAUUUCCUCAGCAUAUUUCCCAGUCAUGUAGCAGUAUUUUUAUUUCAAUUUUUCUUUCUCACCCCCCCUCCUCCUAUUUCAACUGAGACGUGGGAUUAUGGUGUGGGCGUGGGCGUGUUGGGUGGAGGAGGAGGGAUGAGCGGAGGCGGGUAAGGAGGGGUCUGUGGGGUGGCACGACACACUUUGUAUGUAUGAAGGUUUUUUUAUAGCACUUUUCUGCAAUGUACGUCAGCGGAUCAGUCCAUAAAUGGGGCUGCGUGCGCUUGUGUGCGGGCGUGCUCCCGCUUGCGCUCGCGCCUGUGUGCGUGCGUCUCCGCGUGUGUUAUCUUUACCGAGAAUCUCCCCUCUCUCUCUCCCUCUCUCUUUCUCUUUCUCUCUGYCUCUCUCUCUCUCUCUCUCUGUGCACUCGCAGCUCUGCAGAGUUGGGGUGGGCGUCAAUAACAAACCUGAUGGUAGGUUUCAUUGCAAAAUAAUAAUAAUAAUAAUAAAGAAUAAAUCAGAAUAAAAACUCUCGGUAGGCUUGCAUAGAAAUGCGCGCAAAGAAAAAAAAAUUUGAUACCUAUGUGAAAUUAUUUUUUUUAAGGUAAUGUUUUUCCAUCUAUUUUUUUUUUCCAUGUUAAUGCAAAUAUGGGCCUUGUUUUGUGAUCAAGUCGGCGCAAAAUGUUGAUUUGAAUUUAGAUGCGAUUCUCACAUUUUGAUCAAACUUGGAACGUGACUGCCCACGUUGCCGCAACGUUUUCAUUCAUGAAAUGCCAGUCAUUUAAUCCGGGCUGAUGUCUCAUGCAAAUAAAUAGGAUAUUGAUUAUUUUGGGCGGAAAUCUCAACUCACGGCUUAGCGGACGUCACGAUAUAUUUAGAGCUAAAAUUAAUCAUCUUGAUCGUUAUGGAAAUGUAGGCAUCACCGCCCGCCGCGCCGCCGCGCCGCCACCGCGGUGCUUCUGCUUUAGUCACGGCACCAUCAUCUUCAUCACCAUCACCAGCACCUCCGUCCAAUUAACAGACUUGCUCAAACAAGUUCUGGCAAGGAGGCAAAGCUCUGCACCUUAUUUUGCAUCUUUAAUUACCGUCAUUUAGUGGCGUGAUUGAGGGUUUCACGUCGACUAAAAAAAAGAAAAAGAAAAGAAAAAUACACUAUUAGUUAUUAAUACACAGUGGAGUAAUAGUUAAGAUAUUUAGCUUCGAAGCACUGCGGGACAACAAGGAUUCACGAUGUGGUGUGUAUGCGUGUGUGUGGGUGUGUGUGUGUGAGAGAGAAGGAGAGAGAGAGAGUGAGGGAGAGAGGGAGAGAGAGACCUGCAUGAUGCCAGUAAACCAUUCACGUGUGUCUCCCAGCAGGUGACCAUGCAGCACUGGAUUCAAGCAACUCCUGCAAAACAUAAAAGUAUGAAAGUUCAUUCAGAUUGAUUUAAAACCCUAAAAAAGAAAACAAGGCAGACAAGUUCAAAUUGCACCCCAACCUUGAUUUGCCAGCAGGUUUGAAUAACAAACCAUAUUUGUGCUCAUAACAGACACUUCAACACUUCUAAGACACUAGAUUUGUAAGUUUUCAUUCAUAGAAACCUUGUUGGACGGAGAGAAGGGACAGACAGGGUUUAACAGGAUAGAAGUAAUGUAUCCCCUGCAUGAUGGUGUGUGUGUGUGUGUGUUUCUGAGGUGGGGUAUAUCUGAGGCUUAGAAAAGUCUGCUGUGGCUGCCUCAUGAUUACAUUAAAGGUUAUUGUCAUCACAGGAGGGAUGACAUUAGCUCCUGACUUCAGCAUCCGUUUAAAGGACCCAGUUGACUGGGUUUGUCAAGCUCCCUCAAAGUCUUCUCCAGCUUCGGCUCUCAACUCAUUUGACGUCACUCGGCCUCUUACAAAAUGUUUCCCUGGUUGACGUGUUUGCUCCUUGAGCAGGAAUGCAAUUCCACUUUGAUCAAAAUACCCUCGUCGCCUCCCUUUAUCCCCAGCGAAAAUGACAUUUCACAAAAUGUCAUUUCGCCUGUGUAACACGGCUCUUUCUCCUCCACCCCCUUGCACAAGGAGGCAUAAUUCUACUUGUUAAGUGGAGCUUUCGGUGGCGUGGACCUGUCAGCUUCAAGCUGCCAUUGGCAAGAGGAGCCUUGAAAGGUUGUACAGGCGUGUGGCGUUGUCAGCUCUUGUGAUAGGUUCUUUUGCUGCAUGGUAUGAAGUCAGAAUCCAGCUCCUAAGACCCGCAAAAACAGAAAAUCUCAUUCAAAAAAAAAAAACGGAGUGCUGAGAGAUUCUGUAUCUCAAGAAGUCCAACAUCUCAUGUCAAGUAAAAGAAUGUAGUUGGUUUCCUUAUUAUAGAUUUCUAUGUGAUCGGUGAAAAAGAGGCUCAUUGUUCCUUAUUUUCAUUCAAAAAUCCCAGACUGCACCUUCUCAUGAUGAACCACCUUCAGUAGUGCUGUAGUUGCAAAAAAAAAAAAAAAACGUAAGAGAGACCAUGUUGUUGUUUUUGCUUCUCUAAUGAGAUGCCAAGUGAUUUAUUUAUGAAUUGCUUGUUUGGAGCAGCCCCCUUGUGCGGAGUGCAUUUUUCUCUUUUCUGUAAAACCCUCUUUGGAGUCAUGUCGCUCAGUGAUUGCUGAUGCAACUCUUUGUCAUCCAGAGUUUGCCCUCACCUCCUGUGUGCCUUCGGGGAGGGCUAUAUCUAUCCUGGCAUGUCCCCGGGUGUGUUGGAGGUGGGAGUGACUCAUUAAGCAGGUGUGAGCAUCCACUCCCAUACUGCCGCAUGCCAAACAAGAGCUCCAUGCAGGGAAAAAUCAUGAUGGCAAUACAGCAAAACGCAUCACAAUUAAUCUUUGCACCAGACUGGGGCCAAGCCAGGGGGAUAACUAGCUACAGCAUGCUCUCUCUCUCUCUCUCUCUCUCUCUCUCUCUCUCUCUCUCUCUCUCUCUCUCUCUCUCUCUCUCUCUCUCUCUCUCUCUCUCUCUGUCGUUCAUCUGAGGUGGAAUUUCCAAGUGUUCAUCACCACCAUUGAACGACUGGGCCUCCACUGACAUCUUCAUUUGGAUCCAGUUGAUGAAGGAGGUGAAUUGUUCCCAGUCUGUUUCAUAUGUGGGGGGAAGUAUUAAGGAACCAGAGCUGUUCUGAAGCUUUGUUUAGGUGACAUUUGGUUAGAAUAACCUACUCUACCUGCUUAAGAGCAUCAGCCAGAGUUUCUUUGAGAUAUUUCUCUUCUAAAGACCAAAUAAAAAACAAAAAAAACGAUGAAUUUACUGUGUGGUUUUCAUAUUUUAAUGUAGCAGGAUAUGACUAAUGGGAACACUAUUGAGAGUUCUGAGAAACGUUAAUUGGUUAAGGUGGCAUAAAAAUGUCCAAAACCAUUAAGAAAUACUCUAACUCUUCACCCGGCCCUCUCACUUUGUGCAGAUGCCAACAUAAAAAUGCUUAUUUUAACCAUCUGGAUAUCUAAUUUUACUCAAAUAGGGCAUCUUUAAAUGGCACGCAGUGUAUCACGACUUUGGUGGAGACGCGCUGUUACGCAAAACCCCCAGAAAACUAUGCCUCCUCCAUAGACUGUCUAAAAAAAAAAAAUACGGAAGAGGAGAGGCUUCGGUGUUGCUUUAUAAUCUACCCAGACAUUAUGGCGUGGACACAGGCUGCACGGUUUGAGGACAAACAAAAGCGCGUAAUGCACGCUGGAAGCGCAUUAACAGCUCCGGCUGUGGGCUGUUUAGACAGCAGUUCUGCGGCGACCAGUCAGCCAGCGGCAGGUCACAUGUUGCAGCGUCAUUGUGUAGUAAAGUUACAGUAGUUUCAAAGAGGCUCCUCAUUUCAGCUCCAGAGGUCUCCUCAUCCCCGUUGCUGCUGCAGCUGCUGCCGCUGCCUCUGCUGCGUCUUCGGCAUGCGACAACUUCGCUCUCAGACCAUCUCCGCAAACGAGCCGCGCAGCCAUGGGAGUGCAUUACCUCAGCCGUGCAAUUUCCACCAUCAAUAAUUUAAUCUAUUUGCUCCAAAGCUGAAGAGAUAUCCCGAAGCUUCUUCUCUCUCUUUUUUUUUUUUCCCUGUCGGGAGAGUUGCAGAGAGGAAAACACCUCUGAAGUAAAUUACUGAGGGAGUUGUCCACAACAUCCCAGAUGACACCACAAUCCUGUUGAAUGGUCUGUUUUACGACUGGGCAGUAAAAGUUCCACCAGGUUAGAAGAGUGAUGACCAUCCUGUUCCUUACUAUGGUUAUUUCAUACUUCAGUUGCAUGAGAGCUGCGCCCCUGAGAGACGCCCCGGGCAUGCGGGGCCAUCGGACGGAAGGCUACCUGGGCGCUGCUGCGACGGCCCCCCGAGGCCAUGGGACUCCACAGAGUGGCGGCGGGCCGGGCCAGCGCGAGGAGCUCCCCUCGCUCACAGACACGUUCGAGCAGGUGAUAGAGGAGCUGCUGGAAGUGGAGGGUGAGGCGGCGCAGCUGGGACAGGGGGCCGACAAGAGCCAGGGAGGUGGGGGCCCGUCGCCCGUGGCCACCGCAGAGGCCAAGGAUGUCGACCUGUACAACUCGCGGGUGAUGAUCAGCAACCAAGUGCCUUUGGAGCCGCCGUUGCUCUUUCUCCUGGAGGAAUACAAAAACUAUCUGGAUGCUGCGAACAUGUCCAUGAGGGUGCGGCGGCACUCCGACCCCUCGCGGCGUGGAGAGCUCAGUGUGUGUGACAGUAUUAGCCAGUGGGUGACAGCUGUGGAUAAAAAGACGGCGAUAGACAUGUCUGGGCAGACAGUAACCGUCAUGGAGAAGGUCCCUGUCCCCAAUGGUCAACUGAAGCAAUACUUUUAUGAGACCAAAUGCAACCCCAUGGGGUACACAAAGGACGGCUGCAGAGGAAUAGACAAGCGGCAUUAUACAUCCCAAUGCAGGACAACCCAGUCCUACGUGCGAGCGCUCACCAUGGAUAGCAAAAAGAAGAUUGGCUGGCGGUUUAUAAGGAUAGACACUUCAUGUGUAUGCACAUUGACCAUUAAAAGAGGGAGAUAGUGUAUAAAAUGUAUAGAUUUUAUUGAAGAGUUUAAAAAAGAGAAUAAAGAGAAAAUAUCUAUUUGUAUAUAUACAUAACAGGGUAAAUUAUUCCGUCAAAUGAAAAUUUUAUGGACUGCAUGUAAAAAAAGAUGAAGUUUAUACAGUAAAGUGAUACUACAGUCUAUUUAUUGAACAUAUUCAUGACCUUGUAAACAAUUAAAAAAAAUCUGAUCAGUCAUUUGCGCCCAGUUUAAAUUACUAUAUCACAUUAAAGGAGACAUUGUGAUCUGUUUACGUUGCCAAGAAUUAGAAAAUGAAGGAAAAAAAAAAAACACGGGCAAGGAAUGAGAGAGGACAGUUCCAUCUUCAAAAGCUUGCAUGCUGCUUUCAAUUGUGAAUUCAGAAAUUCUCCACUUUCAAAGAAAAAAACCAAAAAAAAA